UCGAUACUCGAUUGCUCUGGGCUGCUUCCAAAAUGGUCAGGGGCUGUCAGUGGCAGUAAUUUCCUCUGGUUUCAUUCCGGUCAUAACGUUAACGAAGAUACGAGAGCGGUAAUGGGGUUGUCACAGAGCUCCGAAGCUUUCGAAGGAGGGACGUACGGAUAUCACGUUCACGGGGUGCAGCCAAAUUCUCCUGCAGAAAAAGCAGGACUGGAGCCUUUCUUUGACUUCAUCCUGUCUUUGGACAGCAAAAGACUGAACGAGGAAAAUGAUCUACUAAAGGAAGUGCUGAAAGCCAACAUGGAGAAAGCGGUGAAUAUGGAAGUGUAUAGCACCAAAACGACGAGGGUUCGGGAGCUGGAGGUGGUGCCCAAUAACAUGUGGGGAGGUCAGGGUCUGCUGGGGGCCAGCGUUCGCUUCUGCAGUUACCAAGGAGCCAGUGAGAAUGUUUGGCACGUGCUGGAUGUGGAACCCAGUUCUCCAGCGGCUCUGGCGGGCCUUCAGUCCCACACGGACUACAUUGUUGGUGCAGAUCAGGUGUUGCAAGAUUCAGAAGACUUCUUCGCUCUCAUCGAGGCUCAUGAAGGGAAGCCGUUGAAGCUGCUGGUGUAUAACACACAAACGGAUGCCUGCAGAGACGUGAUGGUCACUCCCAACGGAGCGUGGGGGGGUGAAGGCAGCUUGGGUUGUGGCAUCGGUUACGGCUACCUGCACCGGAUCCCCGUGAACCCCGCCGCGUCGGCGGAAAGCCCCUCCACAGCUGUUUCAGCAGAGAACAGCCCUGCUGAGCUGCCUGCACAGGGAUACACGGAGGCUCUUCUGAUGGCGCCGUCAGCCCAAACGGGACAGUUGAUAGACGUCGAGCAGAUCACUCUUCAGGAGGCUCCACCUCCUGCUCCGGCGCAGGGAAUCCCGGACCGCGGCUUCUCUGAUGAAGAAAUGCCAGUGUUGAACCCCGACCCUGCUGAUCUGUUGGACCGGCUGGAUCUGUCUGUGUCCUCCAUCGACAUGACCAACACCUCCCUUGCCAUGCACGAGGACAGAGACAACAGCAUUGAUGAGCUGGAGGUCAUCCACAAGCUCUCAUACUCAGCAGAAAACAGCGAUCCACCGGAGCUGAACUCCCCAGCAGCUGCAGACCUCACUUCCACGGACACCUCCAUCGACUCAGGCGUCCCACCUGUGGACAUGUCUCAGCUGGUCACAGAGUCUGCGAACCAAGACAGCUUCCUCAUUGAUUCCAGCAGCAGUCCAAGUCCCCCUGUGGGGGUGCUGUCUCUGCCUGAGGAGGCCCUCCCUACCCAGGCCGAGUCGUUGGUACAAGAGCACGCCACCCCAUCGCCUGUUGACCUGGUCCCAGCCUCGUGUGCAGAUGAGAGCGAGUCUGCAGUCCUCCAGGAAGCUCCUGACGGGGUCCACGGGGAGUCGCACGUGGAAUAAAAGCCUCCGUCAGGCCAAACUGAGGAGAAAAAUCUUAACAUGGAGUUGACAAUCACACCUUCACAGAUGUAGACGAAGGAAAGAUAGACUGAGAACAUAUAGCGCUUUAUGAUGUCACCUGGUUUGUACUGCAUGAGGAACGGCUGCUUUAGUUACACUACAGGAGAAGGUACAGCAUGAAGGAGGAAUCAUAACUACAGUGGGAAACUUUAAUUUUGGUGUUUUUGAUCUGCUGGGUGCAGAAUCUGAUUUUUUGGGUGAUGGUUUUUUUAAAUCCUGGUCAAAUUCAGUGAGAAAUACUUGAAGGCUCCCAAAGAUUGAUCACUUUUACUCCAGCAGAGCCCAACUGCACCUUCACUACUACAACACUGUCUUUUCGUUAAUGAAGCUGAUCUGGUGCACUGUUACACUUCAGACUGGGGUUUUUUUAGAAGCAUGUGUUUACACGGUAGGCUUUUAAUUAUGACAAAAGGGUCUUUUAUUUUAGGGUACACAUUUGUCCUGUCGUCUUAAAAUAUUUUUGUGCAUGUUACUACAUGACAUCUGGGAAGGUUUUUGCCAUUAUUUUCAAAAUUUAUAUCUAAUUGAUUUACUGACACUUUUUUUUUUUUGCCAUUUUGUUGCUAAAAUUUUUUCUUUUUUAAAUAUAUGCAAAGCUCAGAUACAAGUCAGAAAAGGAAAUGUGUUUAUAUAUAAACUGCUCUAAUUGUUCAUAAUGUUUUUAUUAGUCCAAGUUGCAAAAUAUAAAAAAAGGUAUUUUUGCAGAUAUUUUAUUAAGGAAUUGUGUGUUUUGUUAGGAAUGAGUGUGAAAUGGGUGAACUUUUUUGAUUGAGAAACAAAUAUCACUUAAAAAUGUUUUUCAAAGUG